AUGCGCUUGUACGAAAUUUUGGCAUUGGUUAUCGUUGUGCUAUUAGCGGUCACAUGGAGGAGCACAGCUGCGGAUCAGGAUGGUGAAUUGGUGCGGACAAAACGGCAAUUUGGUUUCGGGCCUGGAUUUGGUGGACCUGGUUUUGGUGGACCUGGGUUUGGUGGACCUGGUUUUGGUGGACCUGGUUUUGGUGGUCCUGGAUUUGGUUUUGGCGGGCCCGGUUUUGGAGGAGGAUUCGGAGGACCAGGUUUUGGCGGCCGAGGAUUUGGUAGGCGUGGAUUCGGUAGGCGUGGAUUCGGUGGACGAGGUUUUGGCGGUCCUUUCGGUUAA